AUUUACAGAAAAUAUGAUGAGAACAUUGUUAAAGUUAAACCUGUUAUCAGAGCUGAAAAGAAUGUAUUUAAACCAAACUCAUCAGAGACACUGAGACAAAGUUACAGAGGAACAAACAGUAGCUCUACAGCUCUGAGAGAGAGACUGUAGGUUCACUCUGAGUGAACAUGGAGCAGCGUGUUAAUGAUGAAGACAGUGCUAUUUAACUUGCUGUACUUCAAGCCACUGGUUUCACUGGUAGUAGGAGUAGUAGUAUUAGGUAACAGUACACUACAGGUUGAAUUAGUUCUUUUUCUCUCUAGAAUGUUUAAUUAUAAAAAGACUUAGACUUAGACAGACUUUAUUGAUCCUUGGGAUGACUCCCUCAGGGAAAUGAAGUUUCCAGCAGCUUAUAUGGAGAGAAGCAGCACACAGGACAGUUUAUAAACAACAACAGCAACUGCUUGCAAACAGGUAUAGAGAAUAUAUAAAGAAAUAAACAAUAAACAGUAAACUCUUAAUAGGAUAAAAAAAACACUGUAAACUCUUAACUAAAUAUACAAACUAUAACUAGAAUAAAAUAAGAAUGAGACAGGAUAAAUAAAUAUGGAGAAAAAUAAUAAAAUGACCUAAGAACCAGAAUAUUUUAGAUUUGUUUUUUACUGUUUAUUUUAAACUCAGCUGUAAACUUUAACUUGAUGAAAUAAAACUGAUCAUUAAACGUGUUUAAAUGUAGUAAUCCUGUUGUAAACUCCUGUUGUUCUGUUUAUCUUUCACUUCACCAAACAUUACGUAAUGACAGGACUCCGCUCUCUGAUUGGCUGAGCGUCCUGUCACUCAGUGAUGGGCCAGCCAAUGGGAGGCGGCGGCAGGCGAUACAAACUAACAGCCGCCAUGUUGUGUCUCCGGGGGCCUGGAGGGACGUCCGGUAGUAGACGGUAGAUGUUACCGCCCGCUCGGCAGCUCACAGGGAAGGGACCGCAGCUGGAAGCCAUGAGCCGUCCGUCCUCAGCCGGAGCCGGAGGUGGAGGACUCGGGGCGGGGAAAGCGGGCGGGGGAAAGCACGGGGGUUCGGGAGGCGCCGCUGCCGCCGCCGCCGCAGCUGCAGCGGCCGCAGCAGCGGCAGCCGCCGCCGGCGUGAGCUCCGUGGCCGGGUCGGGGUCCGCUGCCCCUUCCUCCGCGGUGUCCCUGCCCUCGCCCGGCCUGCCCGGGACGCCCUCAGAGCUCACGGCGCUGUUCGAGUGCCCGGUGUGCUUCGACUACGUCCUGCCGCCCAUCCUGCAGUGUCAGGCGGGUCACCUGGUCUGCAACCAGUGCCGCCAGAAGCUGAGCUGCUGCCCGACCUGCCGAGGCCCGCUCACCCCGAGCAUCCGGAACCUGGCCAUGGAGAAGGUGGCCUCCACGCUGCCGUUCCCCUGCAAGUAUUCGUCAGCCGGCUGUCUGCUGUCCCUUCACCACAGCGAGAAGCCUGAUCACGAGGAGGUGUGCGAGUUCAGGCCGUACACCUGCCCGUGUCCCGGGGCCACCUGCAAGUGGCACGGCUCGCUGGAGGCCGUCAUGCCGCACCUGAUGCACGCGCACAAGUCCAUCACCACGCUGCAGGGGGAGGAUAUCGUCUUCCUGGCGACGGAUAUCAACCUUCCCGGCGCUGUGGACUGGGUGAUGAUGCAGUCGUGUUUCAGCCACCACUUCAUGCUGGUCUUGGAGAAGCAGGAGAAGUAUGAGGGCCACCAGCAGUUCUUCGCCGUCGUGCUGCUCAUCGGCACCCGCAAACAGGCCGAGAACUUCGCCUACCGCCUGGAGCUCAACGGUAACCGCCGUCGGCUCACUUGGGAGGCCACGCCGCGCUCCAUCCACGACGGCGUGGCGGCCGCCAUCAUGAACAGCGACUGCCUGGUGUUCGACACCUCCAUCGCUCACCUGUUCGCCGACAAUGGCAACCUGGGGAUCAACGUCACCAUCUCCAUGUGCUGAGGGAGCGGAGCGGCGCUAUGGGCAGUCGUAACGAACAGACAGACAUCAUGGCGGAGAGGUUUGGAGACAUGGCGUUCGCCGUCUGUCUCGUCCUAUGUUGGACUAUAAAUGUCCAAACUUUUCAAAUGACGGGACAGGAAGCGUCGACCAUGAAGAACAUCAUGUCUCUGUCCGUCUUGACAGAGACAAAGUCGGUCCUGCCACCCGUCAAUGCCAGGAGGCCAGGGGCCGGACAGAGACUGAGCUGUCCUGAGUUUUCUCUCCCGAACAGAGAGGAUUCUGGUCUCACUGGAGGAAACAAACAUGGCGGCUCCACGGACUUCCUGUCAGCGUGUUCACAGUGAUCUUUGCUGCUAUUGGCCAACACUGUCAGUCAGUGUUCAUCAGCAGAGUCCUUGUAAACGACGACUGUUAGCCUCUCGUUGAUUGACAGGCGUCUCGGCCAAUGAGAUCAGUCGCUGUAGUUCAGUCCUUUCGGCUCAAGACAACUGAUUCAAUCAUGUUGUGACGAUAAAUUUUCUAAACAUAUCAACUGACAAGAUGUUUAUGGAUGAAAUAACCAGACAGAAAUGUAAAUACCCGACGUAUGGUUCUCAGUCACAUAAAAAUCAACCAGUAUCAGUUUAAAAAGCUGAUUUAUUGAUUAUUGCCAUUAUAGACUAAUCUGAUGGUUAUUUUCUUGAUUGAUCGUCUGGAAAAUAGUGAAAAAUGUUUUUUCUGAGGUAAUGUCUUAAAGUCUUCUUUUGUCCAACAGUUUUAAACAUUCAGUUUACAAAGAUAUAAACUGCAACUAUUAGUCAAUUAAUUGAUUAGUCAAUGCAGCACAUUUACAGUCGGAGAGGAAAACAGUAAAACAGAACAAUGUGAACACGUCUGUUCAGCUACUUUGUGCUUUAAUGAUCAGAGCAGUGGCCUGUAGUCUGAGGUUGCUGGUUCAAAUCCCUGCAGCUUGUCUGUGUGACUCUGGAUGGUUUGGUCGACUGUUGGCUCGUCUCACAGUUUGGAGGUCAUCGUUUGACCUCUGUGGGAACCUGCUGAGCUGUGGAAUCCAGUUAAUCCUCAGACCUUCUUUAAUCUCAGAUAAAAGCAGUAAAAUGGAGGAAUAAUCCUCCGACCCUCCUGUAUCCGUUCAGCCGCCAGCGCCUUACUUUUCUACCGCCGCCCUCCUCCUCGUGUUCGAGCUCUUUCUGAGUGAGUCUUGGUGCUGAUGUGCUUCACCUGACGUCAAGUUUGUUUUUUCUUUUUUUUUUUCUGAAACCUGCCCAGGGAAAAAUACAACGGAGACUCUUUAAGAGAAAUGUAUUUAAAAAAAACAGACUGCUGCUUGUUCAAAGAGACAAUGACACGAUGGACGGACGUUAUUACCUGUAAAGACACAGUAGGUAAAGAAACAAACAUUUCUUGUCUCCAAACCUUUGUAGCAACCAACCAGGACGAAACGAACCUCACCAGAUACCUCUGAUCUCAGACACAUCUGUUAACUGAACCGCGAACCCCUCAGACCUCGGCGGUGUUUCCUCUGUGUUCGUUCGGCGAGACAAAACCCGACUUCGUCAACCUGCGCUGUAACCAGUCAACCAGGACCAGGGGUUCGUUCGCAUGAAUCAGAGCUCAUUUGUUUCGAGUGAGCAGGGACAGAAAUUGGAGAGAGAUCAACAGCAUCAGCAACAAUAUCCCCGACAGGAGUUAAGUCAUUUAGCUAAAAAAAAAAAAGAAGCCACUUGUCAACAUUUUAUCAGUUUCCUUUGUCAGAUCUGACUCGACUUUCAAGUUAUUUCAGACAUUUAACUUUUUCCACAUCUUGCUAGCGUACGCAGUCACGUGUCACCAACCCAGCGUCAGUGCUCGUAACGCAACAGAGUCAUGUGACACAAAAAAAAGGUUUGCGACCAUCAAAUGUCCCUGUUUGGAAUAACUAAUAAUAUUUAAUGUGGAUUCCUGCUUCUUAUCUCAUUGGUUAUUUUUAUUAUAAAGUUUAUGUUUUAGUUUUGUCUCAAGUCCCCAGUGUUCAAGUCAAAGUUGUUCAAGUUGCGUCGUAGCGCUGUUACUUUCGCCAAUUUUUCAGUCUGCGUCCUUCUCUCCAGCUUCUGAGUCUGAAUGCUGUUAAUACUCAAGUCCGAGUCUAAGUCCAGGUCACCAAAGAAGAGUUAGAGCCAUCAAAGCUGAGUUUUAGUCUUUUGCCCAUUUUUACAACCUAUUACCAACAAAACCCCAAAACAGUCUGAGUUCUCGUCUCCAACUUCAAUGCAGUCAGUACUUGAGUCUGAGUCCAAGUCCAAGUCCAAUUACGAGUCCUCAAAAACCCUUAGAAAGGAUAGGAAAAAGAAGCUCCCUCGAACUGCAGAACGUCAUUCAGAAUGUUUUUCUCCAGUAUCACAUUGAUGCAGUGGUAGUUAUCUGUACAACCAUGGCUGCUCUGCAAACAGAAGCUGAUAAUAAUUCAUUCAGCAUAUUUAAGUUUCCAAAACUGUGAAAAAUAUAGAGUUAAAAAACAGGCCUCAAGUUGUAACUUGCUGAAUCUGUGGCAACAUUAUACUUCCUGUUUCUCGUAGAAGUUUACAUCAUCCAACAAUCAGGACUCGAGCACAGACCCACAUACAAACAUCUCGAAUAAUAAACUCUGACUUUAAUGUUAAAUUCACUGUUUUAACUGACGUCUCUAACUAAAGUCACAGAGGAAACACCGCCCACUCUUUAUCUCUGAUGAUCACUUCCACUUUACACCCGCCGACUUUCUACGAAAUGUUUUUGAAAUACUGUAAAUGAAGCUAUAAUGGCAGUAUACACACACACACACUUAUAUACAUAUACAUAUAUAUAUAUUUUCUAAAAGGAAAAGAUUUAUUCUGUGUGUAUCGGUGUUGGCAUUUGCUCGGCUGUACAGAGAUUUUCAAAGUAAUUUUCUAAGCUGACUUCCUGUUGUUGAUUCUUGUUCUUGCUGCUUCAGUCCAACAUCCGUCACACCUCAAAAAAAAAAAAAAGAAACACAAAGACAAAAAAAAUGGACUUGACAAACUGCUGCAGAAAUAUUUUCUAUCCACUGACAAGUGAAGCAGGAAAAACCUGGUUCAUUUUCUCAUGGACACAAAAACUGACAGAGAUGUUAACUACGACUCCCAAGGUGCAUUUCAGUAACAAACAGCCAAUCACAGAGCUUCAUGUUCUGCUACAAGUGCAGCUAAAGGGCUGAAGCUAAAAAUGACUUUCUGUAGAAACCUGGUGAAGAUUUGUCAGCAUGGGAUUUGUGAUAUCUCCAUAGCAACAGCAGCUGAGACUCAUGGGUAAUGUAGUGUUUGGAGCCAUCAGUCAAACUAACAGGAAAACCAGUAAAAUUGAACACUGCUGUAAAUCAAAAUGGGUUCAAAUAAUUUGAGUUGAUCACCAGUUUAAUCCAGAGUCAAAUGACUCAGAUCUUUAACGAACCUGAAACGACAGACGGUUUGUUCCUGAUCGAUAAAUGAGUUUGAUCAGCAGCUGUUCAGAGUCUGUCACAUCACCAGGUUAUUCUCUGAGCAGCUGGUUCUGAUCCGACUCCUGUUUGUUCUCAGUGUUUUUUGGCUCAGUUCUGUGAUGUUUCGAUAAUAAACGGGUGCAGCUUGUU